CCUCUUUAAGUGAAAACAAGCCAUUGCUCGGCCCCUAAUUCGAAGGUUCUGAAACCAAGUUUGAAGACGUUAGAUUAGGUUUUGUGCGGGAUAGUAUCACUGUAUCAGGCCUUUGUUUGGUGCAAUAACUGCAAGCAGUCGUUUCAGGCUGGCCAUAGAACAUCGAUGAGUAGCGAAGAAACGGAGUACCACUCUAAUGAUUUCGAGUGGGAUGAACUGAGGGAACGCAUUGAGAACGAUCCUACAUUAAACUAUCAUUUUCUCCCUUUCACCCCUCAAUCUUCAUCUCCAUCUUCAUUAGACACCCAAUCUUGGAACCACUUUCAUGCCCGUCACUCUACCGGAAAGUUCUUCAAGGAGAGACGGUAUUUGUUCAAGGAGUUUCCUGAGCUAGCUUCUUGUGAAAAAAAUUCCAAGCUUUUAGAGGUGGGAUGUGGUAACGGAAGUACUGCUCUACCAAUCUUACGUUGCAAAGAAAACAUCCUUGUAUUUGCUUGCGAUUGUAGCACAGAGGCGCUUGAUAGAGCAACAGAAGUCAUACAUGCUUCCACUGUGGUGUCAGCCAGAAGCCGUUUUCGUCCAUUCUGUUGGGAUUUUUCUACAUGUCGGUUUCCUAAGUGGCUAAUGUGUGAUUCUUGCUACGAAACAUCUCUACAUAAGCAGAAUGCAUCUUUGUCAGACAUUGACAAUUGUGAGAGAGAUUCUACUGGUAUUACUUCAUUAAAGAAAAGUGAAUGCUGCAUUGGCGGGAUGGACUUUGUUACAUUGAUUUUUACACUCUCAGCUGUACCACUUCAUAGGAUGUCUGCAGCUGUUGCUGAGUGCUUCUCUGUUCUUAAACCUGGUGGAUUACUUUUCUUCAGGGAUUACGGUCUUUAUGACAUGACUAUGCUUCGAUUUGAAGCUGAUCAAAAAGUGGGAUUUCGGGAAUACAAGCGUUCUGAUGGCACCCGAUCAUACUUUUUUUCUUUAGAUAUUGCACGCGAUCUCUUUAUAGGCGCUGGCUUCAUUGAGGUUGAGCUUGAAUAUUGUUGUGUGAAAUCAGUAAACCGUCGUAAACAGAAGACUAUGCACCGGGUUUGGGUUCAUGGGAAGUUCCAAAAACCCAUGUAAGUUCGUUUUGUACUAAAUUCUAGAUGAUAGAAACGCAUCAAAAACAUCAUUAAAAAAACUCAAAAAGAGAACACAUCUCUGUUUAUUAGCUUUAUUUUGGCUUUGCCUUCGCAAA